UGAUUCCCAGUGAUUCCACUUGGGAUGAUGGAUGUGCUGCUCUCUUAGUUGUUAGGUGAAUUAGAGAUGUCCGUUCUGAUUGUAGCAGAGUGCUUACUACUCAGGGAUGAAAGCCUUGCCCUUCUCUUGCUCUAAUGGGGUUUUAAGUACAGCCUUUUAUGGAUGAUAAUGCAGAGUAAUGGUGAAAAGUCUGGGAGGGCUGAAGACAUGCAGACAGUUCUGUGUGUGGGCAGUAAUCUAGCCUUCAAUUUACCCUCUUCUACCUCAUGCUUUACUGUCAGUUUGGAGCUUUCGGAGUGUCAAUUAGCAACCAUCAAUUUUUAAUCGGUCCUUUAUAAGCAUGCUCAACUUGCACACAUAACAAAUUAUUAUUACAGCACCCUAAGAAAAUAUGCUCCUGACCCACUCAAACCCUCUGGAGUGUCCGGACAGGACAGGAAAUGGCUCUCCUCCAGUGUGUCAAUUAGAAAUCCACUGUUGACUUUGCGUGUCGCUGAUCUGUGGAGAGGGGAAACCGUUUGGAUGUAUUUUAAGGUCCCUUAGGGGACUGCAGGGACUUGUGGGAAGAUGACCUGAUUUCUAAUUUUCUCCUCUCCUGCCUGGGCUGUCGGCUAUUCGCUGCUACAAACAGAGAAGCCCAUGAAAAGAGGGUGACAAUAUGAGCUGCCCCGGAUCAGUUUGGAAUAUGGCCACGCUGCUGGCGUAAAACUGGAUUUUUAUUUGACGUUUUUCAUGGACGCAGACGUGACUGUAAUUCUCGUUCAGUAGAUUCGGGUAAGUGGAAAUACUCCCAGGCUCACCUCGGCAAGCUACACCUCGAGUAAGUUUACAACCCGAAUUGCAUUUGCAACACUGAGCUGUUGUCCCAGCUGGCACGCAAACGCAAUAAGAGGACUCGCUUGGCAGAUUGUAGCGUCCUUUCUCUGUCCUACAUCUUCAGACAGGUUUUCAAAGGUGCCUGGAUUAAAGUUACCGAAAGCAUUUAAAUGUAUUCAUCGAUACAUCCCGCAUUUGUUCAUUCAUGUGGUGACUAUGGCCCGGAGCUGUUCGUAGAAAUGAGAGGAUUAAAAGUGUGCAGCAGUGAGGUAAAGAUGUGCCAAGUGUGCCAGCGUCAUCACAUCAGAUGAUCGGUUAUUUUAGGGCCUAAAAAUAAGGUCGUUUUUCCCAGUUUCCCGCUAACAGGGCUUUUACCGUCCGAGCUGAAAAAGUCCUCUUUAAUUGUCGUACUUAAAAAGAGUGAGCAGCCAUGGCUAACCUGCAACAGGAAUACCCUGGGGUCCUUCUUGGAAUCCUGGAGGAACUGGCCAAUAUGCGUCACUUGCUGUCCUUCCAGGACCUCUGUCGCAUGGUCAGCACCCGCUUUGACCUGGAGCACCUCAUCGAGCUCAGGAGUUUACUGUUUGCUGCUGCCAGUCGGGACCCCUGUUUCCCAGCUACUCUCUUCAGGGACAGGGUUAAUACCAGAGGCCAGGGGCUAUCACCCAUAGGUGUCGCUGCUGACAUUGUAACUAUAUUCAAUCUCAUUCAGAUGACGGGUGGGGCCACUGAUGAUAGCCAACCAAUGAGAGGCCAGACGGUCCUCCCCGUCGACCAGUCCCCAGGUCCCAGCCUGCCUGGAAUCCACCAGCUGAACGUAUAUGGUCGAGAAAGAGCACGUGCCCAUUCUGACUCCAGUGGCAGGCCUAUCGACCAGCACAUGCUGUUUCCGAGAUCUAAUUACUCAGCCCGAAAGCGAGCAAGUCUUCCCCCGGAUCCUAUCUCGCUUGUGUCUUCCCCUCCAAUCAGGGCGAGGGCUGUGUCUUUCGACUUGCCUCACACAACACUUUUGUACCCUAGUAGUCAAAUCCCUAAUGAAGUCAUGAAGAAUAUCUACCUGCCACUGGAUACGGAUAGUGAGUCCAGCGGAGAUUCUGCGCCUAUGGAGGUGUUUGAACCUGAACAGGGAUCAUCUGUCGACCAGAAAAGAAACAUCUUUAGGAAGGAUUUCCAUAACCAGCCGCCUCUGAUACCCCAGGUGACCGUUAGCAGUGAGUCUCCCAGCCCCAGCAAGGGGCAGAAAGGUUUUGACAAUCACAGCUUUGAAAUGAUCCCAAACCCUUACCCGUCACCAACAACAGUCCACCAGUCUCCAGAGCAGCGGGCUAAACAUGAGAGUCUUGAUGACCUACAGGACUCAACUUACUUUGGACCAGGAUCAAUCGCAGAGUGGUCCCCCCAGCACCUUCAACCUCCGAAGAGCCAGAGGCCCAUUUGGAAUAACAAGAGUCACAGUCUAGAAGACCGGAUAGGCCGGGGAAGCAUUGGACUGGGUAUGGAGUCACAAGCGGGGAAACUUCCAAGACGAUCAACCCCUGCUAUCAGCAGUUUGGGGGAGUCCUCGGGAGGUGAGAGCGGGGAUAGUGGAUUGCCAAGCGGAGGCGAUGUAUUCAAGGCCCAGGGCACCCAGACUGAUCCACCGGAUCCCCGGCGGCUUCGUAGCCUGGUCCACGCUGAUCGGCUCUCCUUCAUGACCUCAUUAGAUGACCCUGAAUUUGGUGAGGAUGACAUCAGUGCCAUCUUUCGUUUCUUAGAUGACAUAAGCAUGUGCGGCUCCACGGGAGUCCUGCACCCCAAUGAUGGAUCGGGAGGCAUUAACCAGGACACCACUGAGACAAGACGUGGCCGCCUAGGCCAACUCCAAAGGCUUUUCCACUCUCUGGAAAGUAGUGAUGAUGGGCUCAAGGCGAGUGUCUGUAAGCUGCUGCUCCGUAUGAGCCAGAUAGAAAGACAACUAGAGUCACUGAAUGAUGUAAAAGCUGAGAUUUCCCAGGUAUUGUCUGCUCUGCAGCGACUGGAUGAAAAGAUCCAGCAGCCUCUCAGUGGUGGUGGAGGACAAGGCACCGGUGGGCGAUGGCUGGAGCCUCUCAGCGGUGUCUCCUCCUUUAUGAGCCACCCUCUAACCCCUUCUGAGUCAUCGGAUCCUCAGCCUCUGUCUGCAUCUGGACAUCUGUACCCAGGGACUAGCACAAGUAGCCUGGACUGGAGUCGAUGGAACACUCCUGGGGAGAAAACAGAGAGCAGCAAAACGCAGGCUGAUUCAAAGGGAAAGAAAGAGGGGAAGAAGGAUGCGUCGUCUCGUCGUGCCUCCAAAACCCAGCUGGAAGAGAAAAAUGUCUCUGAUGCCAAACAGCCAAAUGUCUCUACCUCUGCAAGAGACUGGACAGUGUCUUUCUCGAAAAGUAAAGAUGGCAAAGCCUCACACGGACAGGGAGAUCAGUCAAGCAGCACAACUAAUCUAAUCUCCCAGAAGUCCUCCAACCUGGUGGAACAAGUAUUUAACUCGUCCCUGUUUCGUCAGAAAGACAGCAGUCUGACAGGUGGGCUGACCUCUGGGAAGAUCGUGGAGCCCAAAUCAGCUGAGGGGAGGGGAAGGCCUAUAUGGACUGUAGAUGACAGAGCGGCACGAGUCACCACCUUGGAUUUACAAGCCCAGGAGUCUCUGAACCCCAACAACAUGGAGUUCUGGAUGGAUGACAUCUACACUCCGGGCUACGAUGCUCUUCUCAGGCGUAAAGAGGCUGGCCUCCGUAGGGCCAAGAUCUGCAAACUGGCUGCACUCAUUGGCAUUGCACUGACUAUCAUUCUCAUCGUCGUCAUUGUCAUUUGCACCAUGGGGUCGUGAAGACCCUUAGAGAAAGCUCACACUGUUGCCUGUUUUUACUUUCUUUAUUUUCAGCAGCUAUGUGCUGUGCCCAGGAAGUUGCACUCCUUUCUCAUGGGGAUUAGUAGAUGAGAAACUGUGACAGCUGGAUCAGUGAUCAUUUAACAUGCAGUACACAUCUCUGCACACAGGACCAUUAUUUAUGACAUUAUUUAAAACAUUAGUAUUCGAACUGUAGCUAACUUUGAAAGCUCUUUGACAUGCAGUUACAACAAUUUGUAAGUAAUCUCGAAUGCCAAGUUAUGCUGAGCCAUUGUGAAGGUGUCAAUUUCCUUUCAUUUUCUCAUUUUAUCUGCUCUCUCCUGAGAAACACCGAGUGUUGCAAAUGCGUUGUGAAUUAGCUUCAGCCUUAAGCACUGCCUGACUCUUUCUUGCUGUUCCCCUGAGAACACUACAGGACUUAUUUCACUUCAGUGUAAGAUACUAGUUUUAUCACUGCAUAAGAGUUUUACAUCUACAAUUUAUAAAUGGUAAUGGAUUCUGUGGACAGGAGCAGCAUUUUUAUUUUCUUUUAGUUUGAUGUUCAUAUCUUUCCUUUAAGCAACAAGAUUUGCUGCUCAAAAAGGCUUAAAUCAAUAAAAAUAAUAUUUUUAUAGUGUUCCCUACCAUUUUUAAAGCUGGAAAAUAUAAGCUGUUUAAUCCACUCUUAAAUGUGUUUGGGUUUUGGGUGUUUACCAAGUGUUGGGUUUCAAAAAAUGGAAGAUAAAUAUCUUGUUGUUGUUGUUGAAGCAGUGAAGGAAAGAGGGCAGCCUUUUCCAGUAAACACUCUCUGAGAGGGAUAUUCCACUUGUAAUUCAAUUGAUGGGAUGUUUGGAGUGCACCUAGGCACAUUAUCUUUUCCCUGUAGUCACUUUGCCAGAGCUUUUCCACAUACCUGCAGACUCACUUAGCACCAACAGAUUCAUCUGGCGUCCUUACGCAGAUGAUGAAAGUGGUUUUGCCAGUAGUGUGACAUUCCAUUUUGUUAAAACAUCCUGUUAACUCAGGAGACGUUAUAUUUAAAUUGACUUUCGGUGCCACACUGUAAAAUAUGGGUGGAGAGGUUGACAUGAAAACAUGUACACUUUUAAAAUAGAAUGACAGUCAAUAUAAUAAUUCUGCAAUAAAAAGGAAACUCUUUGUGAAGCUUGUAAUGUUCAUUUUUUUGUUGAGACUCUAUCAAAGAGAUGUGAAGCAAUGUAGAAUAUGUACAACACUUUGGUAAGAGGCACUCUUUACAAUACAUUGUAAACUAUGUAAUCAGCAACUACGGCCUCAAACUAAAUAAAUAGAGAAAUUUAAUACCUGACCAUCUCAAUACUUUAAUUGAUUGCAGGGAUAGUGUAUUGGAUUGCAUAAAAUUUUCUAGGCAUUUGUUUUUUGUCCGCUCCCUUUAUUGAUAUGGAUAAUUUUGUUUAUGUUCACUAAAAGAUAGGCACCUUUCUUCAUUUAUGAUUUAUAUGUCAAAGUGGACAGAAAUUAUAUACACAUCGUGGGGAGAAAAAAAAAUGUAUCAUGAUCUUCUUUAUCUGAUCCUGACCCUUAAACUUUGCUUUGCUUUUUGAGCACAAAAAAUGCACAGGAUGUAAAGAGGGCGUGGUCUGCCUCAGUGCAUCCUCUUAAGUAGAGGUAUAUCUGCCAAGUGUUCCCCAUGAGGCCGUUUGUGGAUCCAUUACCUUUCCAGUGGUGCCACUGAGGCCUAAUCCUGUAGUCAGCACAAUCCUCAGGUGCUUCCUCGGAAACUUAGGUGCAUUAGAGCCUCCUUUUGUUCACUCCUGAGAUGCACUUUGAGGUGAAAUCUGGACCUUGCUGUUGUCAUAUCAUGCACCUUUUUGACAGACAGCUACACAUAUGUGAAGUUGUUAUUCAGGUAAACACUUGGUCUUAAACACUGCUUGUAAAUGUAAGAAAAUAUGUGCGGGAAUGACAUUCAAUUUACUGGUGUGCAAAGCUUAAUGUGAU